UUCUCUCCCAUACACUAACUACACUACAACCUGCUACGCGGACGACGCCCCGCCGCCCGUCAUAUCUCCACUUGCGCAGCCGCGCGCGUCGUUUUCGCUUCAGAGGGGAAAAAAAACAUCGAGGGUCUCAUUAUUGUCGGGCCGCGCGCUCAUGCUGCUGCCCACGGCAUCACCUCGGCAAUAACAGAAGGGGUGCCAGCCAGAAGAAGAAGAGGAAGAAGAAGAGGAGGAGGGGGAGGAGGAGGGUGGUGUAAGCGUAUUCCGAAUUGACGCUCAGAAAUAAACAGCCUGUUUUGGAAGACGUCCGUAGCGGGAAGGGGAAAGGGAUCUGCAACUGAGAUGGCUGAGGUGUCCCAAGAGGAGAAACUCCAGGCCAUCGCUGACAAAAGGAAGAGGCAGACAGAGAUUGAAAGCAAGAGGAGGCAGCUGGAUGAUGACCGACGACAACUCCAGCAACUAAAGUCGAAGGGCCUGAGGGAGCGCUGGUUGUUGGACGGAGCUCCGGCGGAGGAGGAGACGCAGCAGCGUCUGCAUGAGGACGAGGUGAAGACCAAGCUCCUGGAGCAGGUCAUCCUCAGACUGGAGCGAGAGAUCGAAGAACUGGAGACAGGCCCUCUAGCCAAUAAGGGCGUGGCCAAAGAAAAUGGAGGUGAGAACGGAGUAGCGCAGGGCUUGGGUCAAACCCCGAAGAGAGAGGUGGCGGGCAUCGAGGCCACGCUGCUGGGUCCUAGCCCCGACCAGGCCAGCGAGGACAACCCCGUCACCCUGGUGUUCAUGGGCUACAAGACCGUGGAGGAGGAGCAGGAGACGCGCGCGGCGACGGAGGGCGUCGACGGCAACGUCAAGGCCGAGUUCGUCAUGAUCGAGGACGGCGAAGGGAAGGCGGUAGCCGGGGGAGGAGAGGCGGCCGAGGAGCAGUUUAACCCCUCGGCUCUGUGUCUGUAG